CUCCGUUGAAGGCAGCUGUGAUGGCCAAGCUUCAGGGCUUCGAGUUUUGGAGGAAGACCUUGAAGGAGGCGCGUUUUGUAGUGGCGCCGAUGGUGGAUCAGAGCGAGCUGGCCUGGCGUCUGCUGAGCAGGAGACACGGCGCUCAGCUCUGCUACACGCCUAUGCUGCACGCUCAGGUAUUCGUCCGGGACGCCAACUACAGGAGAGAAAACCUUUACAAUGAGGUCUGUGCUGAGGACAGACCUCUCAUUACUCAGUUUUGUGCCAAUGACCCUGAGGUGUUCCUCCAGGCUGCCCUCCUGGCCCAGGACUACUGCGACGCCAUCGACCUCAACCUGGGAUGUCCUCAGAUGAUCGCCAAGAGAGGACACUACGGAGUUUUUCUGCAAGAUGAAUGGGAGCUGUUGAAGAGGAUGGUGAGUUUAGCCCAUGAGAAGCUCUCUGUGCCGGUCACCUGUAAGAUCAGAGUCUUUGAGGAGAUUGAGAAAACGGUCCGCUACGCUCAGAUGCUCGAGGAAGCCGGAUGUCAGUUGCUGACCGUUCACGGCCGAACCAAGGAUCAGAAAGGAGCCAUGACGGGGAUCGCUAGCUGGGAGCACAUUAAAGCUGUCAGGAAAGCAGUGAGUAUUCCAGUCUUUGCCAACGGUAACAUCCAGCAUCUGAGUGAUGUGGAGCGCUGCAUUCAGGAGACCGGAGUUCAGGGGGUGAUGAGUGCAGAGGGGAACCUCCAUAACCCGGCGCUGUUCGAGGGCCGCAGCCCCCCUGUGUGGGAGAUGGCAGAGGAAUACCUGGAGGUGGUAAAGCAGCACCCUCCAUGCUCGCUGUCCUUCAUACGAGCCCACCUCUUCAAGCUCUGGCAUCACACGCUGCAGAUCCACCAGGACCUGAGGGAGGAGCUGGCGAAGGUGAAGACCCUGGAGGGUUUAGCCCACAUAAGCUCACAGCUGAAGCGCCGCUGCCAGGUACGGCACCAUAAAGAAGGAAAGCUCCUAAUUUCUGGAGGUUAAAAAGCCUCACAUUCA